UGAAAACGAUGAUAGUAUAAGAUCGCACGACAUGACAUAACAUCAUGGGCAUAACUACUACAGUCAGUCUGUGGUAUGAGCUUAGAUAAUAUAUUUUAUUAAUAUACAGAUUACAGAUUACAGAUUAGUGAUUACUGAACAUUAUAGACAGUGGUAUAGUCAGUAGCAUAGAAAUAAAACAUUAUGUCCUAUGUCAGUAGUCAGUCUGCACUCAGUACUCAAGCACUACAACUUUACUGUACGUGUUAUGAAAAAGUCAACUGUCAUAAACAAGAAUACUAGGCGCAUAUUAUAGUGUAAUAUACUAGUGUUAAGUGAGACAAGUCUGAAAUCUGGAGCUGUACUCAGUGGAUAGUGGAAUUUUGUUAACAUCAAAAACUAUCGGUACGAUUGUGCGAAUUUACUUCUCUGUUGAGACGAUACCACCGUGAAAUUAUGUCCUCGAAUCAUCAUCUGUCGGCUGCAAGCUGAUAUUGGCUUACCCCCACUCACUAAGUCCAACCUCAAGAUGAACAAACCACAGUUGAAACCCGAACAGCACAAGAAGUAUUUUCGCCGCUCGUUGGACCUGUUGCCUGGCGAGGUUGCUGUGUUUGAUUACUCGCGGCUCACCAUACUGUAUUUUGCGCUCAUUGGCUUAGAUAUAUUGGACGGCUUAGAUUCACUCACUGAUGACCGCAAGAAGGACAUCAUUGACUGGGUGUACAGGCUACAGUUAGUACCCAAUGAAUAUUGUUCCGUGCACAAAUGUGGUUUCAUGGGUUCUACCACCGUCAUUCAUUUGAAGAAUCAUCCAGGCUGUGAAAAGUAUUGCGAAAGCAAUGUUGCUAUGACGUACAUGGCAUUGUGUAUUCUGAUUACAUUGGGUGACGAUCUGAGCCGUGUCAAUAAAUCGGCCGUACUUCAAGGUGUAGCGUCUCUGCAGAAAUCUGAUGGCAGUUUCAAAAGCAACUAUGAACAUGGUGAGAGUGAUUUGAGAUUUGUGUACUGUUCACUUGCAAUAUGUAACAUAUUGAACGAUUCUUCAAGUAUCAAUGUAAAUAAUGCCAUUAAAUUCAUUUCAAAUUGUCUGAACUAUGAUGGAGCGUUUGGACAAAACCCAGGAACUGAAUCGCACGGUGGUUCUACUUACUGUGCAAUUGCGUCCUUAUCUCUAUUAAAUAAAUUAAAUCUUGUGUUAGAUGAAAAUAAAUCCAGAAUAUUAGAGCGCUGGGCAAUAAAUCGACAAACUAAUGGUGGUUUUCAAGGAAGACCUAAUAAAGAUCCAGACACUUGUUAUUCCUUUUGGUUGGGUGCAACACUCAGUAUUAUGGGAUCACUUAAUAGAAUAAACAAAGAGAGAAAUAGAGAUUUUGUUCUAAAUAAUGCUAAUUUAUUGACCGGUGGGUUUAGUAAAAACAUGGACUCCAUACCAGAUCCAAUGCAUACCUGCUUAAGCUUGUGUGGAUUAAGUUUGAUUGGAGAAGAAAACCUAAACCCUAUAAAUCCUGCAUUAAAUAUUACUGUGAGGGCGGCAAAUUAUUUAAAACAAAUUCAAGGAGAUUAUACAUUACUAAACAAAAAUAUAUUCGAUACAAAUACUGAUUGUUGAAUGAACUGUGCCUAUAUUACAUGUUAAUUUAUAAGAUAUAAUAAAACUAGUAAUAAGUCUACAUCAACUAUGACUGAUUUAUAUUUUUUUUACAACUAUGAACAAUAUUAAAAAUAUACCAAAUAAAUGUCUACUAAAAUAUAUACUUACCUAUCUGAUGUCUUUU